GUUGAGAAUGAAAGUUUCACUAAAAUUCUAUUUCUAUAUAUCUUAAAAAGAGAGAAAAAGAAAACAAACAAGAAAUAAAAAUUGGAUUUUUCACUGAUCAGCUAACCGAUCAGAUCCCCUUCCGAGGAGGACCUUCCUCUCUUCUCCAGCCAGCCGCCGGCCACACCGUCGCCGGUGAAUGUUUGCCCCCGUCUCUCUCCGUCUCGAUUUCCUCUUUGUCGCUGAUUCGUACGUACCCAGCCGCCCAGCCUCCGAUCACUGGUGGUCGUCGCUGUACAGCCCACGAUGGAACAGCGAGCAGAGGGUGAGUCGAUAAGAGUAGCCUCUGAGGAGCUCUCUCAGGAGUUCAAAACUUUGAUGAAUACUGAUGAUUUGAACUCUCUCAACCAUUUGCAACACCUCAUAUUGGGCAGAUUGCAGGAUAGCAAUGCAGUCCUGUCUCAUUUCAACGAGUUUUCGGAGCAUUGCUUUGCUGAAGUUUCUGGAGAUCUAUCUAGAAAUACUCGUCUUUUAAACUCUAUGAAAUCUGACCUUGAUUACAUAUUUCAGAAAAUAAGGAGCAUGAAAUCAAAAAUUUUAGCCACCUAUCCUGAUGCAUUUCCAGAUGAGUCAACAAGUGAAGCUCUUGAUAGGAGACCAGACCUUGAAAUACCUCGAUAACAACUUAAACUACGAUGGCAAUUGGCAAGUAAUCGUUUCCUAAUGGGAAUGAGAAAAUGUAGAUAGACCAUCUUCCUGAAUUAUUUUCAUGAUGUUAUCCUUGAUCUCACUAACCUAUAACCUAUAUGAAGUUUAAUUCAAACACAUAUGUUCAUAUUGUGCAAGUUGUUGGUACUUCGUAGCUUCAAAGUCUUUCCUCAAUUUUGGUGUUCAAGGAAAUAGACUACGAUAAUAUUGAGAAAACAUAAAAAAGAAAGUGUUACGCUUGAGGUGACAUGUAGUGCUGAGUUUUUUUUACUAGCAUUGCAAUACUUUGGCGAUAGUAUUUUUCAUUUGGUUUCUAAGUUUGAUUUUUGCCAAUUUUGGGCAUAAAGUUGUGGGUUUUGUGAGACUUUCAUGCCUAUGGAUUUAUUCUUUGCUUUUAUGUUUUCCAGUCCUUAUUUGAAUCCAUGUAAUGUAUGUGACAGAUUAGUUUAAGUCAA